AUGGACAUCCACAAGGAUACUAUCCAUAGUAUCGAAACAGACUUCAGCCAGAAGAAGAUAGUCACGGCGUGCUCAGAUGGGAUGGUCCGUGUGUUCGCCAAGGGCUCGUCCGUCCCCCCCUACGAGCUGAAUUUGGAGCUAGAGCUGGACGGAGACUCCGGACCUGCGACGAAGGCCAUCUUUCUCAACCAGGGCGAGUUCAUUGCAUCGUCAUACUUCAGUGGGAAGGUCAUCAUCUGGAAAUACGAGGGAGGGAGGUUCAACAAAAAGAGCGAGAGGCAGAUUCUCAGCGGAUCUGUAAACGACAUCUCCGGAAGGUGGAAUGGAAGCUCGUUCACCCUGUUCUGUGCAUGCUCCGAUGGAACUGUCAGGAUCUUGGACAUUGACUCUUCCUUCAAUACAACAGAAUCGGAAGUCUUCUGUCAUCGAUUUGGGGUUUCAUCUGUUAGUGCCACUGAGAGCGGGUUUGUAAGCGGGGGAAUGGACUACUCGGUGGCCGUGUGGGACGGCACCUCAGAGGCUGCAAGGUUCAGAGACCACAAGGGAUUUGUGAGGGAUGUUGCUGCCUGUCCAGCAAACUCUUUCAAGCUGUUUUGCAUGGCAAGCUGCUCGGAGGACGGAACCGUAGUCAUCUACACCAAGAGGGGAGAGGAAUAUGAAUCACAGAAGAUAACCCUGGAGGAGCCAUGCUACAGCCUCUCGUGGAGCUUUUCGGGAUUCAGCCUUAGUGUUGGAUAUGGAAGCUCGAAGUUCAAGUGCUUCGUUCCCGACGGCAGCGGAAAGUUCAAGGAGGUGGGGCUUAAGAAGGUUGAGAGCUGA